AUGGCUUCUUCCGAGGUCGACAUGAAGUUUCUGGGCACCUUCGCUCGCAACAUCCAGAUUGAUCAACCUCUCCUCUCCCAAAGCCUCUUCCAAAUCCUCGGGAACAUAACCAUGUUCUCCGACAGGGUACUCCGAGCCCGCAAACUCCGCCGUCUAGACACAACCCGCGAUACCAAAUCGGUCGACCUGUACUGCCGCAUCAUAUGGUACACGCGCGAAUGUCUCAAGAUCCUGGAAGAAUACGUGCUCCCCCUCGUCUCCAAGACGGUCGAGCUCAAAGUCCUCGCGCACAAACUCCGCGCCAGCUUCUACCACCUCUACGUCCUGUUCCACAACCAGCCGCCCGUCAGCCUCAAGAUUUCCACACCACCCGGCCUCAAAUCUCCCCGAGCCACCAAGCUCGACAAAGGGAAGGACAUCGACCGCAGCUCCACCCCAAUCGAGCCGGUCCGGCCGAGCUCCGUCCAACCGACCCACCCCUUCGAAGGCGGACCCGUCGGCGGCAUCCCGCCUCCGCUCCCCUUGGAGUUCGCGCCCAACUUUCUCGUCCUCGCCGGCGACUUCCGGCCCCUCACACUCCAGUACUUCCAAGAAGCGACGUCGCUCGCCGACAGCCUGCUCUGGGGCAGCCACCCCCUCCGGCUCUCGGUCAAGGUCGAGUUCACGGCCUUCCUGUACGACUGUCUGCACGAACGCGACCGCUCGCGCCAGCUGGCCAAGGCGACCAUCUCGGAGGUGUACAACGCCACGGAGGGCAUGGAUGACGAGAUGUUCGAGGAGGCGGCGCAGCUGGUCGGCAUUCUGGGGAAGAUGAUGAAGAGGGGGCUCGGUGGGGGGGCAGGAAGUACACCUGGCGGGGGGAGCGUGGGAGAUUUCAGCAGGACGACGACGCCGCCGCUGCCGCCGCCGCCGCCGAGGCGUGGGGUAGAAAUUCCUGUUUAUAAUUCUUCCAACAGAGGUUUGGAAGAGAGAGGAGAGAGAAGAGGGCGUGUGGGAGGUUGGGAAAUAGAGGAGGAGGAGAAGGAAGAGGAGGAGGAGGAGGAGGAGGAGGAAGUGGUCAUCGACAUUUCUCGUAUUUCCACCUCACGAAGAGGCAAAACGAGAAAAGCGACUCAGUUUAAUGAUAUACAGACCUGCCGUCAAACCCCCACUUUCACCUUUACUUCUCACACCUCUUAUACCGAUGCAACCUACACGACCACCCCUCCCACCGAUACACCCCCAACUGUAUCGACCCUUACCCUUACCCUCGAAUGA